GCUGCUUCCUUAUUGGCGGUUGCUGCGCGGCGCGCGGACUCGGGAUGUCGGUUCCGCUGCGGCGGCUCCGCGAGACCCCGCGGCACCUGCUGGUGUGCGAGAAAAGCCACGUGCGGCAUGAGCGCUCCCGGCACGCGGCGCACGUGCGGAGCCACGCCUACAACUGCCGCGUGUCAUUUUUGAUCCCUGAAUGUGGAAUUCUUCCAGAAGCACUGAAAAGUGUUAUCACAGACAUUGGAGAGUAUUAUUUGGUGAAGAAUUUAUCUCUUCAUGAAUUGGUUACGCAUGAAUUUAUCAAUACAUUUGUGAAAAAAGGUUCAUGCUAUGCUCUUACAUACAACACAAAAAUUGAUCAAGAUAAUGCUGCUGCUCUACUACCAACUGGAAAACUAAUUAUAUCAGUAGACAAGGACACGUAUGAGGAGCUUGGACUACAAGGUCGUCCAUCUCAGUAUUCUGGUAAAAAAGUCAUGAGAUAUAUUGUUACCAUUGACUUGACUGACUCAGCCUUUGAUCCUGAUAGUAAGAAACAUAAAAGAGUGCUUUGGGCCUUGAGAGAGAAGAAACCUUUAGAAUUUGAUUUCCUGCUGUCCUGGCAUAACACAGUGUUAGGUGCAGAAGGAUCAACACUGAUGUCAUACUUUUCCAAAAACCAAAUACAAGCCCAUAAGCCAAAAACAACAUUCAGCACAUUAAGAAAUUUGCAGUGUCCAGUGUUCCAUAGUAAUGAACUGCAAGGAAAGCUGGAAGAGUCAUGCAGUGCACAGGAACUGUUUGAAUGGUUAGGUGCCGUUUGGAACAACGUUGGUUUAGACAACAAGUCAUUUAGCUUCUUAUCAACCUAUUGCUGUCCUCAGCCCAGCACAGUAGUGGAGCAAGCCUAUUUGUGCACAAUCACUGGCUUUAUACUCCCAGAGAAGAUAAUUCAGUUAUUGGAACAGCUAUGUUGCUAUUUUGAUGAACCGAAACUGGCUCAGUGGGUGACCUUAACCGUGCAUGGCUUUGCAGACAGCCCUGUUUCCUGGAGAGAAAGUGAACAUGGUUUCCAAAAGGGAGGAGAGAACUUGUACAAUUUUGUUGUUUUUAGGAACCUGGACUAUUGGCUUCAAAUGGCUGUUGGAGCAAAUGAUGAUUGCCCACCUUAAAAGUUCUGCCUGUAGGAAAGUUUCUUAAAAAGAAUUAUCUGAGAUGUGCUUACAAAAAUAUCAGACAAUUAAUUAGCCAUUGAAAGGAUCUAUGUAUAUAGAUCAUGUUAGCAUCUUAUUGCUUCCACAUGACAACUGGAAAAGUCUUGUUUACUGGAAUGUGUAUUUUUGUCAUAUCUAUUUUUAAUAAAAAGUGAAACAUC